AAAAUAAAAUCCAGUUCUACCAGUCAAAAGCAAGAACUCAUGGCGAUUGCUGCUUACUCUCAACAGGGCUUCGUCAUAAAUGCUCUAACUUCAAAUCACAAAUUCCAAAACAAGAAGUUGAAUUCAUUAGCAGUGAUCUCAUGUCGAUCCUCCACAGAUGACCACCAUGACCCAUCAAGGAAAAAUGAGAUGAGGUUGGCGAAGCUAGCAAUUGUUACACUUGCAGCUGGUGUGUUGGCGCUUGGAGCAGUUGACGAAGCAUCGGCGGCAAAGACAGGCGGUAGAGUCGGUGGCCAGGCAUUCCGGUCAGCUCCUCGGUCUUCGGCACCAAGGGGGAACAAUUCAAGGACAAACAUUUAUAUCAAUCCACCAGUGGCUCCACCUCUUGUUGGUGGGUAUGGAUACGGUGUGCCGUUCUAUGGUGGAUAUGGGUGGGCUCCAUUUUCAUUCUUUGUACCAGGUCCCAGCGUUGCAAUUGGAGUUGGAGGAGGGUUUGAGGUUCUUGUGCUUUUUAUGUUUCUUGGUGCUGUUGCUGCCGUUAUCAGGAGAUUCACUGGACCAAGGGACGAAGACGAUGACUACUAAUUACAUACACUCUGCAGACAAUGUAUAAUCAAAUAUUUGCUUUUUUCAUUGAACUAAAGCAACAAUAUUAUUCUCAUCCACUUGUAUAUUGCAACUGUAUGUAUAAAAGCUUGUAUUAGUGCAAA